AUGUGGAUGGAUACCAAAACGGAGGUGGAGGAGGCCAGCAGGAAUCGUGCCAGCCUCAGUCGGCGUGUGGUGAGCGUUCUGCUGUUGUGUACUGGGGACAUGCAGCACCUGGAUAAGUACAUGCAGGACAAACAAUUUGUGCUGCAGCUGGCAAUGUGGGGCCUGAGAGGGGUGAGCAGGGUGAUCCUAGCCAACAACCCGCUGAGCGGUGCUCUCAUUAUGGCCGCACUGUACUGGGCUUCCCCCUGGCAGGGCCUGCUGGGAACUCUGGGUGUACUGGCCUCUACGCUAACGGCUGUCAUCAUAGGGCAAGACAGUGCCGAGGUGUCAGGAGGUCUCCAUGGUUUUAACGGCAUGUUGGUGUCUCUGCUGAUGGGAGUGUUCAGCUCUGCAGGAGACUGGUACUGGUGGCUGCUGCUGCCUGUCUGCUUUGGGUCAGCUAUAUGUGUCUUUCUGUACAGUGGUCUCUCCCCGUUGUUGGACCGCUGGGACUUGCCUGUCGCAGUGUUUCCUUUCAACAUCAUCAUUGUCCUUUACCUCCUAUGUACCGGCCCAGACAACCCUUACUUCCCGCACCACACGGCUACGCCAGCGGGGCUGCAGGAGCACAAUGGCACCAAGCUCAUUGCAGUCGAGGUUACGCGUGGCAUCCUCCUGGGUGUGGGUCAGAUCUUCGCCUGUGGAGCUUUGGGGCCCUCCCUCCUCAUCCUGGGUGCUGUUCUGCUCUACUCCCCCCUGCUGGCCGCCCAUGCCCUGCUGGGAUCAGCAGUGGGAACGUUGGCUGGUUUAUCCAUGGCGGUGCGUCAUGAUUCUCUGUACUCAGGCCUGUCGGGGUUUAAUGGAGCCCUGGGCUGCAUGGCUGUUGGAGGACUCUUCUUCACCUUCAGCUGGAGGACCCACCUCUUUGCCAUCGCCAGCGCCUUCCUCUCUGCUUAUGCUGACAUCGCUCUGAGAAAUCUGCUGGGGACUGUUGGUCUCCCAGCAUGCAGUUGGGCAGCAACUCUGACAGCUACUCUGAUGUUGCUGCUGACCGGCAGUUUAGCAGUAUACCGCAUCCCUAUUGGUCAAGUCAUGGCCCCUGAACGCAACUUGCUCUCCCGCAGCCAAUGGGAAGCUGGGAAAACUGCAGACAGGGAGAGCACUGAUGUGUAACGUAUUACACUGUACUAGAACUUUUAACUUCUCCAUAGGAUGAACUGGACCAAACAUAGAAACUCUUUUAUUGUAAACACUUUAUAAAUAGAUUUUUUUGAAAAAAUGAACCCCCAUUCCACAAUAGGCUCUCAAAUGACUCUAGAAAAAUGUUUUUUACACUUUGAGGAAGCCUACACUACACAUUUUGUCCAAAAUGUGGCAAUGUAUGUUCAGCAGCGAAAUAAUGAAAAUGUUUGAGGUAUCCCAGUUGUUAUAUAAGCCUCUGUAAAUAAGUUUUGCCAUUUCGUUUUUUUCAGGAAGUAAAUUUUACUUACCAUGACCCUCAAAAAAGCCAAAUAAACAGCCGUUUAAGGGGAAAGAAAGCGUCUUUUAAUAGGCAUGAAAUCAACAAAGUCAGUUAAAAAAAAAAAUCAUUCUUUUGAACUGUUAUUGGCAAUUAAAAACACAAACUUAAUUCAACAGUAGUUAUUUUUAACCCCUUCAUUACCCUGCAUAGACAUACUACGACAAAGCACGCACUGGGACUCAUUGUAAAAACAGACAUGAACACGUAUCUAAAUGCAGGCAGACAGUGAGUACACACAGAUGACAUGUGAUGCUUUUCUGCAA